AUGGAAUAUGUUCGGCUGGGCGAAUCGGGCCUGAAGGUCUCGCGUGUGAUUCUAGGAUGCAUGUCAUAUGGCACGCCGGACUGGUUCGAAUGGGUGCUGAAUGAAGAAGAAUCUCUGCCGCUGCUACACCAUGCGUACCAGAUGGGGAUCAAUACGUGGGAUACGGCCGAUGUGUACAGCAUGGGCAAGUCGGAAGAACUUGUCGGCAAGGCCCUAAAGCUGUACAACAUUCCCCGUGAGCGCGUUGUCAUCAUGUCCAAGUGCUUCUUUGGCGUGGCAGACGAUGGUAGUAUGCCGCCCAUUCUUGCGAUGACAUCCAAUGAUGGCGCUAUGGUGAAUCGUGUAGGACUCUCGCGCAAACACAUCUUUGAUGCCGUUGAAGCUAGUGUCCGGCGUUUGGGAACGUAUAUUGAUGUUCUUCAGAUUCAUCGCUUGGAUCGUGAUACGCCCAAAGAGGAGAUUAUGCGUGCCCUCAACGAUGUGAUUGAACGUGGCUGGGUGCGCUACAUUGGCGCGAGUUCGAUGGCAGCCUGGGAGUUCCAGCAGCUCCAAAAUCUGGCCGAGAAGCACGGAUGGCACAAGUUUAUUUCGAUGCAGAACUUUUACAACCUCUUGUAUCGUGAGGAAGAACGCGAGAUGAUCCCCUACUGCCAUGAUACGGGUGUGGGACUCGUGCCGUGGUCUCCCAUUGCUCGGGGCAUUCUUGCACGUCCAUGGACCGAGAGAUCCACGAAGCGCGAGCACACAGAUGGUUUCCUACACAGGCUUCUUCGUUCGCGAGAAACCGAGGCUGACAAGGCCAUUGUCGAUCGUGUUCAAGAGCUUGCUUCGAAGAAAGGCGUGUCUAUGGCACAAGUGGCUAUCGCUUGGACUUUGUCUAAAGGUGUGUGCCCCAUUCUCGGACUGAGCAAGAAGGAGCGUAUCAAUGAAGCUAUUGACGCCCUGCAAGUCAAGCUGUCCGAGGAAGAGACGCAAUAUCUCGAGGCGCCUUAUGUCCCGAAAUCUGUGUGUGGGUACUAA